AUGCGUACCUCCCCUCCCCUCGUGUUGCUUUUGCUAGUGGUGGUACUUGCGCUAGUGGGCAUAGAUGAGGUGGCGUCAAAUAGUAAAGCGGGGAAUAAUAACAGGAAUGCAAAGAACGCCAAAGGGGGAGGAGGUAAGCAGGGUAAAAAUGAUCCUACGAGUGGAAAGGGCAGCCAGAAAGGGAAGAAUAAAGAUCCGGGGGGAGGUGGUACUCCCAAGGGACAAAGCAAAGGACCCGAACAGGGAAAACAAAAAAACAAAAAAGGAGAAGACGGUCAUUUUGAUGAAUUUAUAAAGGAUACGAAAAACAACCAAGACGGAGACAAUUUCAUGGAUGAACUGAACAAAUUUGAAAAAAAUUUUCAUGAUGAGGAUUUAGAGAAUACCGAAAAUCUUUUCGAUAACUAUGGCAAGGGAGGAUCACAGGAUGGAAAAUACAACAAUACGAACGAGGUGAAUAACGAAAAUUACAACAGAAUGAAACCGGACGCAAAUGAUUACCAAUAUUUUGAUAGUGACGAUGUUGUUGAGGGGGAUGACGACUUGACAAAUAUAUGGAACAAAAAUAUGCAAAAUUUUGAACCAUCUACUUUGUUAACAUUUGAAAUUCAAGGAAAUUCAGAAGAAUUUCUUUUUGAAGAAGUAACCAAUUUGAACACUUAUUUUAGAGGAGUAUUUUACUCCAAUAAUGAAUCAGAUGAGAAUAAAAUUUUGUUUUUUAUUGCCGAUCCGGAUGGAGAAAUAAUUUACAAGAAGGAAGCAAGUGAAGGAAUUUUUUACUUUUACACACAGAAAAUUGGAGUCUAUACAAUCACUUUGAAAAAUAGCAAAUGGAUGGGAAAAAAACUGACAACGGUUGCCCUCGGGUUGGGAGAAAAUCCUUCCUUAAAAUCGGAACACAUAAAAGACUUCACCAAUUAUAUCGACAAAAUUGUUGCUGAAACGAAAAGGUUAAAGAACGAAUUGAAGUAUUUAUCUUCCACACAUAUGGCCCAUAUUGAGAAAAUGAAAAAAAUCACCAACAAGGCCUUUCUCUACUGCUUCAUCAAAUUGUUUGUCCUCAUCUUUUUGUCCCUUUUCACCAUUUACUAUAUCAAGAACUUGGUCUCCAACAAGCGCGUCCUCUGA